UUGUUGGUAAACAUGUUUGGCUUAAGCAGAAAGCAGAGUUCAUAUGCGAAUUGGAGAUGUGUAUGCUCACGCGAAAGCAAAGGCAAGGACACGAUUACUUUCCGUAUCUAAUAUACUACUAUGCGAAAGAUGAUUCCAUGCAAAAAUACAUGAAAAAAGAGAAGGGAAAGAAGAGAAAACUUACUAGAAAAACAACUUAG